AUGGCCGCCCGCAACACCCUGCGCCGCUCAUUGCUGUACGUCCCCGGAUCCUCUCAGCGCUUCCUCGACAAAUCCCGCUCUCUGGUAGCAGACUGCCUUGCCUAUGACCUGGAAGAUAGCGUGACCCCGCACAUGAAAGCGGAGGCACGAGGCUUGGUGCGGAGAGCUAUCGACCAGCCCACACCGGCGGGAAUUCGUGAACGGGCAGUUCGAAUCAAUUCGGUGGAUAGCGGACUGGCAUUAGGUGAUCUAACUGAAGUGCUGCAAUCACCGAACCUCACAACCAUCGUCAUCCCGAAGGUCAAUUCGGCUUCAGACCUCACUUUCGUCACGGAUGUUGUGAACCACACCCUUGCAGCGCAACAACAGUCGCCGGAAUCGAGACCUCCUAUCUCUCUACUUGCCCUCGUCGAGUCGGCCAAGUCGCUCACCAACCUAUCCCAGAUCUGCGCCGCCUCGCCCCUACUCCAAGGUCUAGUCUUCGCAGCCGAGGAUUUCGCGCUCGACCUAAGCAUCACACGCACACCAUCCCUAUCAGAAUUCCUCUUCGCGCGUUCAGCAAUCGCCACAGCCGCUCGCGCCGCAGAUCUACCCUCGACAAUCGAUCUAGUCUGCACAUCAUACAAAUCUGACAAAGCAGACGGGUCACCUCCCGCAGCAUUGGAAGAGGAGUGCAAAGAUGGUAGGAGAUUAGGAUUUAAUGGGAAGCAGUGUAUCCACCCGACGCAGGUGAAGACUGCGAAUGCGAUUUUCGGGCCUGACGCGGAAGAGUCGCAGUGGGCGAUGCGGGUUGUUAUUGCGGAUGAGAAGGCUGCUGCUGCGGGACGGGGUGCUUGGACUUUGGAUGGGAAGAUGAUUGAUGUGCCUGUUGCGAGGAAGGCGAAGGCUAUUGUGGAGAAGGCGGAGGCUUGUGGCGUUGAUGUCAAGGCUUUGCGGGAGCAGUGGCAGCAUCAGGAACCCGAGUAA